AUGUCUUUGUUUGUACAUGAUGACGAAGAGAAUGACAAAUCAACAAUUCCACUUAAUUUUAGUGAGCCAGAUAUAGUCCCAGUAUACCCUGAGAAAGCAAUAAACUGUAUUUUACCUUUAAAAUAUCAGCAAGAAAUUGUGGAGGAUACAUUAACUAAAGAUGGGUUAUUAAUAAUGGGCUGCGGUUUAGGUUGGGACAUUAUAACAGCAAAUUUACUAUAUGCAUUAAGUACUCCCUUUGUUGAUUCAAGAACCAAGAAGAAAAAACGGGGGUUGAUAUUUGUGCUUAAUGCUCAAGAUGAUGAGUUAAUUAGAUUACAAGAAGAAAUGAAUGAUCUCAAUUGGGAAGAUGAAUCUCAACAUGAAAGAUUAGUUAUUAUAAAUGGAGACUCUCAACCAUUAAGAAGAAAAAAAUUAUACGCAGAAGGUGGAGUUAUUGCCAUUUCUUCCAGAGUAUUGGUUGUCGAUCUUCUUUCACUUAUAGUGAGUGCAAAUGACAUAACUGGACUUUUCGUAUUUCACGCGGAAAGAAUAAAAGAGACAUCAAACGACGCGUUUAUCAUUAAUUUGUAUCGGGAUAAUAAUAAUUGGGGAUUCAUUAAGGCUUUUUCUGAUGAUCCAGAAUCCUUUAGUGGGUUUACCCCGUUAGCUACCAAGUUGAAGCUUUUACGAUUGUCAAAUGUUUUUUUGUGGCCCAGGUUUCAUGUUACCAUUUCACAGUCUUUCAACAUAAAAAAUAAAAAAGAUAUUCUGCGUAAACUGGUUACCGAAAUAAGUGUCAAACUCACUCACAAUAUGAACAAGAUUCAGUCAGCCAUACUUACAUGUAUUCAGUCGUGUUUAGGGGAGUUGAAGCGACAUAAUCCAACACUAGCAACUGAGUACUGGGAUAUAGAAAAUGUACAUGAUCGUGACUUUGUUGGACGCAUUCGCGGAUCCAUGAAUUCUAGCUGGCACAGGGUUUCGGUUACUUCAAAAAAUAUCGUGUCAGAUCUAUCCACCCUAACAAAUAUGUUGGUGGGCUUGAUAAAUCUUGAUUGUAUUGGAUUUUAUCAAAAUGUACAAAGAAUUGUGAGUGAGAGUCAGAAAGUCCAAGCUGGGAGUAAAUACCGUUCACAAAGCCCUUGGUUAAAUUUAGAUGAGGCAGUUACAGUCAUCAGCUGUGCCAAAGAAAGAGCAUUUGGCAAAAGAGAUGGUAAUUACAUGUUUGAGGAACUACCAAAAUGGAAUGAGUUGGGAAAAUUAGUCCAUAACAUAUUGCAAGAAAAAAGGACCAGUAAUUUGAAAAAUCAAGGUCCGAUACUAGUAGUUUGCUCCAGUAAAUGGGUAGCCCGUGAUUUGACAAGACUUUUGGAAACUAUGCAAGAGGAAAAAAUAGGAGACAAGAGAGUAUUUAGCUGUCGUCGUUUCAUGAAGGAUCAAUUGCGAGAGUAUGCACAUUGGAGAAAAGAGAUUAAUCCGGUUGUGAGAAGAAUUUGGGAAGAAAUGGAGGCAGAGGAGCAAAAAGAAGACGAAUCAGAUAUUGUCAUAACUAAAACUUUCACAAGAAAUGGCCAACCAGUCAGUAAAAGGAGAAGAACUAGAGGAGGAAGCGUUGCUGCUCGAGUUAAUCAGUUGCGGGCUCCAGAAAAUUUUGAAGCAGUUGAUAUUGACCAAGAAAUGCUUUUAGAAUUGAACGAAGAUGAACCGAUAGAUCAAGAAAGUGAUUCCUUAGAAUUUGAAAAGACCCAAGAAGAGAAUCAAGAGGUAUUGGAUUUGAUAAACGAAACUGAACAAUUUCAACAUGAUUUUGACUUUGUGCACAUAGACAAGGAGGAGCAAAUAAUAGUACAAGCAUAUAAUGACAAAUUUAAUGCAUCGAUUUUACAAGAAUUACAUCCAUCUCAUAUUAUAAUGUAUGAGCAGAAUUUGCCAUUUAUAAGGCGAGUUGAGGUGUACCAGGCUAUCAAUUAUGAAAACCCUGCUCAUGCUUAUUUUAUGUAUUAUGGUGAUUCUGUAGAGGAACAGAAAUAUUUACUUCGAGUUAAACGAGAAAAGGAAGCAUUCACAAAACUUAUUAAAGAAAAAGCUACUUUGGGAAAACAUUUCGAGACAAAAGAUGAUAAUGCAAAAUUCCAAAUUAACAGAAAUAAUAUUGUCAACACCAGAAUAGCCGGAGGCUCUAAAUUCAAAACCGAAACCGAUGAAUCAAAUGUGAUUGUUGAUGCUAGAGAGUUUGGCUCGUCAACGCCAAAUUUGCUUUAUCGAAUUGGUAUUAAUGUGAUUCCAUGUAUGCUUACAAUUGGUGAUUACAUUCUCUCACCCAAGAUGUGUGUUGAAAGAAAAUCUAUUUCCGAUUUAGUUCAAAGUUUUUCCAGUGGUAGAUUGUUUCAACAGUGCAAGCAGAUGUUCAGACAUUAUGAAUUGCCGGUUUUAUUGAUCGAAUUUGAUGGUACACAAUCAUUUUCAUUGCAGCCAUUUUCAGCUGUUAAAUAUGUACGAAGUACAAGAGAUGAGCCAGUUGAAAGUGAAAUCGAAUUGAAUGAACAAUCAAAUAUCCAAUCAAAAAUACUUCUGUUGCUAUAUGCAUUCCCGAAACUUAAGAUCAUUUGGUCAUCGUCACCAUAUGAGACUGCACAAAUUUUUCUUGAAUUAAAAGCUAACCAAGAAGAGCCUGAUGUGGGAACCGCCCUUGACAAAGGGGCUAAUAGAACCAUUGAAACCGGUGAUGGAAAUCCACCAAUGUAUAAUGACGACGCCAUUGACUUUAUUCAGAAUAUACCUGGAAUCAAUGCAGUUAAUUACCACAUUUUGAUUCAACAGGUUAAGAAUAUUGAAGAAUUGGUAUCUUUAUCCAAAGAUAAGUUUAUAUCGAUAUUAGGUGAUGAGAAUGGCAAGAAAGCAUAUAAUUUUUUGAAUAGGAAAAUUAAAUAG